UAGCUUAGUAGCUCCAUGAACCUUCAGGCUGCAGUCUGAGAUGCAAUGGAUGGAUUGCUGUACCCGCUGCGGUCCGCCAACUAUGAGGCUUAAUGUCAAUAAACGGUGUCCAUUCGGACACAGUUUUCUAAUACUGCGCAUCAGUGCUAAAAUCGGAGCGCAUUGUGAGCGAUUGCGUUAGGCGGGAGACAUUCGGUUGUUAUUUGCAGAUUAAUGCUAGCCGAAGCCGUCUAAAUUGCUGCGUUUUAGAGCUAGCACUUCCUCGCUGUCUAAAAUUGACUCCUCGAGUCUCCAGCCUCAGGAAUGUUUUCCAAAAAGCCUCAUGGGGACGUUAGAAAAUCAACACAGAAAGUGUUGGAUCCAAAGAAGGACGUCUUAACGAGGCUCAAACAUCUCAGAAUAGUCAUAGAAAAUGCAGAGCCACCGGAGCUGAAGCAGUUCUUCGACCUGAACUCCUCACAUAUCUACUAUGUUUUUUUUGAGAACUUUGUCACCAUUGAGGUUAGCCUCAAGCAAAAGGGUCACAAGUCUCAGCGGGAGGAGUUGGACUCAAUUCUCUUCAUUUUUGAGAAAAUCCUCCAGCUCCUCCCAGAAAGAAUCCAGAGCCGAUGGCAAUUCCACAGCAUCGGACUGAUCUUGAAGAAGUUGUUGCACACCGGUAACUCUUUAAAGAUCCGUCGAGAAGGUGUGCGCUUGUUCCUGCUGUGGAUGCAGGCAUUACAGAGUAAUGCUCAACGCGAGCAACUUUGCAUGUUUGCUUGUCUAAUUCCUGGCUUCCCGGCUCCGCUCUGCCAUGGCACUCCCCGUACUUUGGACACUCUGAUCAACCCACCACUGAGCUUAACUGAGACUCAAGUAACCCUAGAGGAGAUCACCCCACUGGUACAUCCCCAGUCAGGUGACAAGAACCAGGAGGACCUUACCGCUUUCUUCUUGGAAGCACUAUUGAAAUACAUGGUAAACCAGGCCAAGUCUCUCGAGUGGCGUUGUAAAGAGAAUCAUGAACGAGGGUUCAGCUUCCUCUUUGGCCACUUCAGGAAGUUUUACCUUCCUCACAUCUUUCCAAACUUUGCUUUGGAAACCAGCCUGUACAACCCCAUACUAGAGGUUCCUCCAAUGCGUCCUAAGCCCUAUUACAGUGUGGUACGUAGAGAGCACGAUGGUGGUGAAGUUCUCUAUUGUACCAAGGAAAGUUUCCUUCAGGCCCGAGUAAUCUUUAUCCGCUGGCUGGUUUCCUUUUGGCUGGAGCCACGACCCAACACACACACACAGAUUCCAGGGACAGAAGGCGAAAACAUCCCCAAGAACAUACAGCGAGCAGCAGCUGGGCUUGCUGCUCGCUCCGCUGGCAGCUCAGAUGACGGCAGUGUCACUGGUUUGCGGUCUGACAGCCAUCCAGAAGGGAGCGGGAGCUCAUCCGGACCAGGGGGAGGCAGCAUGGGCCUCAGUGGGGGUACUGGGCCAAUGGGGGAAUCUGAACAAUGCCACUCCAACACAUCUACGUUAACAGAGCGGGAGCCCAGUUCCUCCUCACUGUGCUCUAUGGAUGAAGAACAGUUGACAGACAUGGAGGUGGUGAGGAGAGUCCUGACAAGCUCCAGAACCAGCAUCAACUUCAUCACUGAGAUCUUUAGACAGGCCUUUCUACUUCCAAUGUGUGAAGCUGCAGCAAUGCGAAAAAUGGUCCGUGUUUACCAGGAGUGGAUCUCCAUGGAGGACAAGCCAGUAUUUAUGAAGGAGCCAGAGGAGGGCCCAUAUCCCAUAGCAACAGCCAGUAGUAUGGACACUGCCUCAGACAAGGACGAUGAGGGAAUAAAUAAAAUGAUUGAUAGUGAAUUGUUGGAGUAUAGCGUUCAUGCAGGAGUUCAGACUACACUACAGGUAUUUAUUACCCAUUCGUCCAACGUUUUUUUAAUGGAGCCAGCCAACGAUAUCAAGUUCCUUUUAGAAGAACAUGUCGACAUGUGCAAGCGAGUCUUAAACAUCUACCGCAGCCUUGUCAUGCAUGAGACCAUGGACCAGAAAACAUGGGAGCAGAUCUUACUUGUUCUAUUAAGAGUGACAGAGUCAGUGAUGAAGAGACCUCCAUCCAUUAUGCCCCAAGGCAAGAAGAACAACACACUUUCAGGAAGGCUGGCUGGUCCUAUCUUUCAGACAUUGAUUGUAGCCUGGAUUAAGGGGAAUUUAAACGUCUACAUCAGCAGAGAACUAUGGGAUGACCUCCUCUCAGUCCUCUCUUCUCUUACCUGCUGGGAGGAGCUGGUAACUGAAUGGUCCCUGACGAUGGAGACUCUUACAAAGGUGUUGGCGAGGAACCUCUACAGUGUUGAUUUGAAUGAACUUCCUCUGGAUAAGCUCAGUGAGCAAAAACAGAAGAAACACAAAGGAAAAGCUAUAGGUUCGGAAGGCCAGCGGCAGAUCGUGGAUCGUUCCUUCUCUAAAGGUUGGAGCAGAGACCAACCAGGUCAGGCAGCUGCCAUGAGACAACGCAGUGCCACCACAGCUGGUUCGCCAGGCAUCGAAAAGGCCCGGAGCAUUGUCCGCCAAAAGACCGUAGCCCUGCGUAGCUGUUCUACAGGGGACUCUCUGCUGUCCUCAGCCUUUAUCCGCAGUGCCAAGAGUGCUCCUGCUCUGGCUCCGCCUCUUCCUGUCCUCCUCCAUCACCACCACCCUUUACUACCCCCCCUAGCCGACCAGCUGGCAGACCUGGAGGACCCACCAAUCACGCUGACAUCUCGCCCAUCUCGAAUGCGCCACUCGUCCCAGAGCGAUGAGACCCCUCCGACCUCUUGUUCAGAGGUGUUCCAGGGAGGCACUUGUGAGCCGGAUAACCCAGCCCCUUCUUCUCUUGCAAGGAGCAGCAGUGCCUCUGAUAUCAUGGAGCCAUUUAUCGCCGAGCGGGUCAAAGGUGAAGAUCCACAGGGGGAUCCCAGUACAAUUCCCAACCCCCGUCACCCCACUGCUACUACCUUACUUGCAACCAAUAGCCAAGCAGCUCAACCACUCCCAUGUCCUUUCCACUCCUCCUCUCCUACUCCCCUUUCACUCCCCAAUGGUGUUAUUUCCUCAAUCUCUGAGGGACUUGAUGAUGUGAGUGAGUGUGACCACAUUGGCUAUCAAAGCCGCGGUUCAAGUUCUGAUUGGGUAAGCGACUGGGAUACUGCCUUUACAUUUUCUGCUGACAAGGAGAUUGAUGUAGAGGAGAGUGAAGUAGGCAUUGUACCAAAUGAGGAUGAUUUAUUCUCCUCAAUUAGGGACUAUCUCACUCACAGAGCAGCUGAGAGAAAUGAGGCAGCUAGAGUGGCAGCAAGUCUUGAAUUAGAAAACGACAUUCGAACUUCUGCAUUAGUGAAAACUGAUAUGAUUACUGGGGAAACAGAAUUCAUACGAGAGGCACAAAAGGUGAUUGACAGACAGAUUUCUAAGGAAGAUAGGCAAGUAAGUAAUUCAAUUAGACACAGUAGUGUUGACUCAACAGAGGAGAUUGAGACAGAACAGCGCAGCAUCUACGAGUGUCUUGAAAUGCAGUGUCAGUGGCCAUCGCUAAGUGCAAAAGGGAACUUAGAAGGACUCAAUAAUGAGAAGGACAAAGGGGAAGUAGGUGGAGGAAAUACAAUUGAAGGAGCAGAUUGGGAAGGAAAAGGUGAUUAUUGGAGGGAAAUUGGAGGAGACAAAAAGGAUGAUAAAGACACAGCCACAAACAAAAAGCCCUGUUUCAUGAGACCAGACCCUAAUACAGUAGCAUCUACCAGUGAAGCAAUUCAACCCACCCAAACUUCAGACUCAGCCAAGCCCAAGAUGACACGUAACACCAAAAAGCAUCACUCCAGUAGUGUCCAUGUUAGCUUCAGACCUUCCACUGAGUCAGUCCAGUUCCACAACCCCCUUGAGAAUAAAGAAGCCCACUGGAAAGCCAGGUUGCGUCGGCUCAGUCACUUUCACACUCAUAGCCACUCCGCUGGUGAUAGGCAAGGAGCUGGGGCAGGAACAGGAGGGAAGCAGGGAGUAAGCAGCGCCGGUAAGUUCACCUCUGUGGCUGCUGUUAGUCACAAAGUAGGGGGCCAUGAGAGACUGGCAAUAGAUGUCACUGGGCCUCAGGGUACAGUAGGUGUUGGAGGCCCGGAAAUCAGGACUGGCACCGGAGCAGCGGACAAGGACAAACAUCAGCAUCCAGGAUCCUGUGUGGGAUCCAAUUUGGUGCAUGAGACACACUUUGAGGUUUUACCAAGCAGUUCGAGUGCAUCAUCAGGGGUGCGAGGCCGAUUGGGACGGUCUGCCUUGCGUUCUCGGGCUUCCCGCUCUCGCUCCCAGGAGCCCGGCAGCUCCGUCUCCCGACACCACCAGGGGGCUCUUCUUGGUGGGGUAUAUAAAACUGUGGUUCAUGCUUUGUCCACCAAGCCCCACCCCCGUGGUCAGGGGUCAUCCCAAGGUUCGUCACCACAGCGGCAAGGGCGGGCUGCAAUGGGUGAUGCGUCACUAAGAGACCUCUACUCCCAUGUCCUGGGCUACUUUGGACGAAAGUCUACCACGCCAGCCAACAAAGAGGAGGUGCUCCAAAAGGCACGUCCCGUCUCCACUGAUGUUGGAAACAGCAAUCCUAAUUUCUCUGAUCUCAUGGACGAGUUCAUCCAGGAAAGACUUAGAGCUAAAGGAACAGUGGAGCGCCGUGGCAGCAGCCCAGGUAGUCUAGAAGUUCCACAGGACCUGCCGGAACUACUAGAGGCUGGCCAAAGUCCUGGAUCUCGACCCUUAGAUGACCUCAGGCCAAUUGAUGAUCCUGGGGUUCCUUCAGAGUGGACAUCUCCUGCCAGUGCCAGUGGCUCAGACGUUGUCAGUUCUGACAGCCAAUCUGACUCAUUUAAUGCUUUUCAGUACCCGACAUGCAAGUUUGAUAAUUUUGCAUUUAAUUCGGAACCCUGUGGAGGUGGAGAUCGAGGAAGCUCAUUGGACCAGGACAGCCUGGGAGGUGGCGUUGCCUGUGAUGAACACGAAGUAGCAAGUUUGACGACACUUCAUAUUGACUCUGAGACCAGUAGCCUUAGCCACACAGUCACUGUCACUGGUUCUGAAAGUGCAUCUCCCAUGCAUUCUAUCGGGGGCUCUCGUUCCCAAACGCCUUCCCCAGCUACGCUGACAGCAGAGCAAAUCGUUCGCACACACUCUCACUCACGCACACACUUGCAGCUGGAUCAAAGACUCCACAACUCUGUGCUGCAGACUCCUGAUGAUCUUGAGAUCACUGAGUUCCCCAGUGAGGACUGUAGCGUCAUGGCAGGUGGCUCCCUUACUGGAUGGCAUGCAGAUGUUGCUACAGUAAUGUGGCGGAGAAUGCUGGGUAUUUUGGGGGAUGUGAAUACCAUCAAAGACCCAGAGAUCCAUGCUCAAGUGUUUGAUUACCUGUGUGAACUGUGGCAAAACCUUGCGAAGAUUAGAGAUAAUUUGGGCAUUUCUCACGACAACCAGUCAUCUCCCGCACCUCCUGUUCUGAUUCCACCUCUUAGAAUCCUUACUCCCUGGCUCUUUAAGGCCACAAUGCUGACUGAGCGUUACAAACAGGGAAAACUUCAUGCCUAUAAACUGAUCUGCAGGAUUAUGAAGAGACGGCAAGAUGUGUCCCCAAACACAGACUUUCUAACUCACUUCUACAACAUCAUGCACCAAGGACUGCUGCACCAAGACCAGGACAUUGUGAACACCAUCAUCAAGCACUGCAGUCCCAGGUUCUUCAGUAUUGGUCUACCUGGAGCCACCAUGUUGAUUCUUGACUUCAUCAUUGCAGCUUCUAGAGUCACCUCUUGCUCAUCAUUAAACGCUCCAAGGGUAGAAGCCCAGAUACUUCUUGGAUCACUUGUGUGUUUUCCCAACUUCUAUGGGGAGCUCCCUGCCCUUCACCCCACCACAGCUGAUGUGGCACUCACAAAGUUCCCUGACGUCAAGGAGCAUGUUAUCAAAACUAUACUGACCUCUGCCAGGGACGAACCCUCUGCUCCUGCUAGGUGUGUAGCUUUGUGCAGUCUGGGCAUCUGGCUGUCAGAGGAGCUUGCUCAUGGGACCCACCAUCCACAGAUUAAUGAUGCUCUUAAUGUCAUCUGUGUUACUCUAAAGUAUCCCAAUAAGAAUGUUGCACUGGUGGCAUCAGACAUCCUUCACCUUUUGAUCAGUUAUGUGGAUCACCUUCAGAAAUUUCCCAUUGACACUCCGAAGAAGAUAGUAGAGAUUUUGAUUGCCACCAUUACCCACUUGCUACCUACUACUGAGUCAUCUCCUUAUGAACUGGAUAAGAGGCUGGUUGUGUCUCUCCUGUUGUGUCUGUUGGACUGGGUGAUGGCUCUCCCUCCAAAGACUCUACUUCAACCUGUUCAAACACGUAGCCCCCCAGAUAAGGAGCAGCUGCCAAAGACCCUGCUCAGCUGCAUUUAUAAGGUUUUGCAUGGCUGUGUGUAUGGAGCCCAGUCUUUCAGCAGCCCCAAGUAUUUCCCACUGCAGCUCUCAGAUCUGUCAAGUUCAGACUAUGAUCCGUUUCUGCCAUUAGAGAGCCUCCGAGAACCUGAACCGCUGCAUAGUCCAGAGUCUGAACGCUCCAGCAAACUCCAGCCUGUCACUGAAGUCCGUAGUCGUAUCCAACAGGGUCUGGUUUCCAUUGCAGCCAGGACUGUUAUCACCCACCUUGUGAACCAUCUAGGGCAUUACCCAAUGUCUGGAGGUCCAGCUACUCUCUCCAGCCAGGUGUGCGAGAACCAUGACAACCCAUACUGUGAGAGUGCAGAUCUUGGACCUGAACUCUUCCACUCACCAAAUCUACAGUUCCUGUCAUUGAAUGGCUCUACACUGCUCUCAGUGCUCCAGGUUCGGUCAGAGUCUAGUGUACCAGGAGGUGGAAUGACAGCUGGUUUGUCCUCUGCUCCUGCCUGUGUUCGCGUUAUCAUUCGGGAUGUAGCUGGAAAGCACUCCUGGGACUCUUCUGUUCUCUACGGGCCUCCACCAUGCUCACCAAGUAGUCCUCCACACACAGUAUUGACUUGCACACAAUCCCCUCAUAGUGUGAAUCCCCAUCUACGCACCCCAACCAAAAAGAUCAAAGAGGAGCGGGGAGAAGGCAGUCAAGAAGACCAGAAUGAAGAGUCAGAGGAGGGAGGAAGUGCAAUGGAGGGUCAUAGUCCCGAGUUGGAGGGAGAGAUGGAUGAGGACGGAGAGCAAAGCAAUGUUGCUGAAGAAGAAACUGUGCGACUACAAGGAGGUCGAGGAGAAGAGGAAGAGGAGAAGCAGGUGGAGGGGGAUAAGGAACAUAGCACGGGUGGGGAGGGGAAGUGGGCAGAGGUGGGCUUUGAGCAGCUCCUAGCUCCACCACUGGCAAAACGGGUAUGUCGGGAAGUGGUGCCAGUAUGGGACUCACUUCGGGAUGGAGAUGAUGCGCUGGAUGAAAUGCUGCAGUACCUUGGAUACUCAAGUCCUGAGUGUCUACAAAGAGCAGGAAUGCCACUCAAUAUCCCAGUCCCGCCACCAGCUUGUGUUUCAGAGAAGCAGGAGAAUGAUGUGAUCAAUGCCAUCUUGAAGCAAAGUGCCGCUGAGCGAGAUUUUGUCCUUCAUAGAGGUGAGGAGUUAAACAUGAGAGCAGUGGAACAGAGUGAACCAGAGACUCAGACACCUCAGUCGGCCUUCUACUACUGCAGGCUACUAAUCAACAUACUGGGACUCAACUCCUGGGAGAAGAGGAGUAACUUUCAUUUAUUGAGGAAGAAUGAGAAACUAUUGCGAGAGCUGAAAAACCUGGACUCGCGGCAGUGUCGGGAGACACAUAAAAUAGCAGUUUUUUAUGUAGCUGAAGGACAAGAAGACAAACAUUCCAUACUCACCAAUACUGCAGGAAGCCAGGCAUAUGAAGACUUUGUUUCUGGACUGGGUUGGGAGGUGGACCUGACCACCCACUGUGGUUUCAUGGGAGGACUCCAGAGGAACCGCAGUACAGGCCAGACCACACCUUAUUAUGCCACCUCUACGACAGAGGUCAUCUAUCAUGUCUCAACCCGAAUGCCACAUGACCAGGACCACAAUCUCACCAAGAAGCUGAGACACCUGGGUAAUGACGAGGUCCACAUCGUUUGGUCGGAACAUUCCAGAGACUAUCGCCGAGGAAUCAUCCCUACAGAGUUUGGCGACGUGCUAAUUGUCAUUUACCCCAUGAAAAACCACAUGUAUUCCAUCCAUAUCCUCAAAAAACCCGAGGUACCAUUUUUUGGUCCCCUGUUUGACGGUGCCAUUGUGGACAUGAAGAUUUUGCCAACAAUGGUCAGAGCCACAGCCGUAAAUGCAAGUCGUGCGCUGAAAUCCCUCAUUCCUCUAUACCAGAACUUGUAUCCUUUUAAAAACGUACUUGGAAAUUGCAGGAUUGGACGUUGAAAUGUAAGUCACUGAAACCUUUAUUUUUCCAGUUUUCUUGUCAUGUUCAUGGGCAAAGGGAAGGAAGGAUUCACCAUUUCAAAAAUAUUGGGUCAUUGUAUCCUAACAGGAUAUCCAUUUUCUACCCGUGUUUUUUCUGUGUAUUUAAUAUAUCCGCAAGUGACAAAAAUUGUAUUCCCUUCCUUAAAAUAUAACAUUUUUGUCAAACGGUAAACGGUUGCUUUGAUUAAUCUAAUUCCCCAGCUUCCUGAUUAGGAAGAGUAGCUAUAUUCUAAUUGGGCUUUCAUUGCGUAUUCCUCACUCAUCAACAUUUUCUAUUUAUGACGUCAAACCAGCAGAUAAUACUACCUACGGCAAAAGCAUCAGUUCAUCAUGUGAACUAAGAACAGGACCCAGAUGUUCUCUAAAUGCUUCAAGAUAUUUAACUCCAGGUGGGUGAAAAUUCAAGAUCACACAAAGGACACAAGUGGUAAAGUAACUUGACCAAGAAAUAAUCUUGCUUGUUCCUUCAGUACAAUGUAUUGUGUCUAUGUGUAGAAAAUUGUGCAAGCGACUGAAAGACAGGUGUGCAUUCAGCCUGUCUGUAUGAUCGUAAGUGAUGGCACUUUCAUCAAUUGUUAUCGAUUACUUUUUCCUCACAGUUUCGAAAAAAGGUUGUUUGCUCUCGUACCCACACUCACAAGUAGACAUGCAAUCAUACUCUCUUGUCAGAAAAGUGCAUGGCUCAACUCGUACCUUUUUAUCCAAGUAUGU